GUUGUUUCUAUGUUGUGUUCCAAUAAUUUAUAAUAAUAAUAUGAUCCGAAAGUUGUGCCCAUCAUCAUCCUUUGUUUUCAAAAAAGUUAUUAUCGAAUCAUGUGUGAAACUCAAAUUCAUUUCUUAUGCCUUUUAUUAUUUUAUAUUAAUAAUAAUAACAAACUUAUUCAUUUUUCAAUUUUCCUUUCUGAGUUUACUGUUUUGUCAAAAAGGUUAAUAAUCAAAUCAAAUCACAACACAAUCGGUGUUUCAAGACAUAGUCUCCUUGCUGUUCUUAGUGGUAAAUCACAUGACAGUAAACAAAAGCAGAAGCAGAAGCAGAAGCAAGAUGAUGCUUCUGAGGGUCAAUUUUCAUCAUACCCCUUUCCCGAGCUCUCUUCGUCCGGGCGUCUCGAGGUUAAAUUAUUGAUUAAACCUACUUACGAUGAACUUGGUCGAGUUCUAGAACAACUGCAGCCGGAUUUUGUUUACCUGCAAGGUCAGCAGCUAGAUGAUAGGGGAGAAAUUGGGUCUCUUGUAUGGGAAGAUUUUGACUUGUCUACCCCAGAAGCCUUGUGUGGAUUAUUUUCUUCCAAAUUACCUAAUACUGUUUAUUUGGAAACUCCCAAGGGCGAAAAAUUGGCAGAGGCACUCCAUUCGGAGGGAGUACCUUACACUAUAUACUGGAAAAAUGAUUUUUCAAAGUACGCAGCUUCACAUUUUCAUCAAGCUUUUUUCUCAGUGGCACAAAGUACAUCCAGCCAUACAUGGGAUGCGUUCCAACUUGCUCAAGCAUCUUUUAGACUAUACUGUGCGGAAAACAAUGUCGUAUCACACGACAGUCGGAAGGGCGGCGGUAAGCUCGGGCCACAAAUUCUCGGGGAACCUCCUAACAUAGAAGUUGGUCCAUGUGAAGCAAACAUGAAGGAAGAAGAAGAUUCACCUGAGACUAGUUCUUCUAUAAAGAUAUAUGAUGAUGAUGUGAAUACGAGAUUUCUUGUUUGUGGAUUUCCCUGCACAUUGGAUGCAUGCUUAUUGGGUUCGUUAGAGGAUGGACUCAAUGCUCUUCUAUGUACAGAAAUACGUGGAUGUAAACUUCAAAAUCGGACAAGUGCUCCACCGCCACCUCUCCAGGCAGGAACUUUCUCACGUGGUGUGGUGACCAUGCGUUGUGAUAUAUCCACAAGCAGUUCUGCUCAUAUAUCACUUUUAGUGUCCGGUAGUGCGGACGCUUGUUUUAAUGAUCAGCUUUUGGAGAAUCAUAUUAAAAAAGAACUCACCGAGAAUAGCCAACUUGUUCAGGCAAUUCCUAGUCACGAACAAAACAAAUUACCUUCAUAUGUGCCUCGAAGAUCAGCCUCAGUAGCCUGUGGAUCUAGUGUGUUUGAAGUUUGUAUGCGAGUUCCUACAUGGGCUUCACAGGUUCUAAGACAACUUGCACCGAAUCUGUCAUACCGCUGCCUAGUUAUGUUGGGAGUUGCUAGUAUUCAAGGAUUGGCCGUUGCAUCUUUUACUAAAGAUGAUGCAGAACGUCUUCUUUUCUUUUGUUCUGUGAAGGAGAAAGAUAACUUAUCCAAAGAUAUCGUUUUCUCUGGUCACCCUAGUUGGUUGAUGCCUCCAGCACCUAGUCGAAAAAGAUCCGAACCAUGCUCUAGAAUAAAAUCUAUUAACGCUAGUGGCGUUGAAGAUAUUGGCAGUGAUAGACAGAAAUUAAGUUUUGGUGCCAUGAGGCCAAUCCCUCAGUCGCAUCGUCAAAAGCUUCUCCCCUUUUCUGGAUUUUCCGAGGUAGAAAGAUAUGACAGAGACCAUGGAAAAUCAAAUCAGCUACUUGCUCCAAUUAAGCACAAUGGUUUAGGUCCCCAUUCUGUUACAAACAGGAAAUCUGUUUCAAACGCGUUUCAAGCUCACCAAAUAAUUUCUUUGAAUCCAUUACCUAUGAAAAAGCAUGGUUGUGAUAGAGCUCCGAUACGAGCUUGCUCAGAGGAGGAAUUCCUGAAGGAUGUAAUGCAAUUUCUGGUUCUUCGAGGGCAUACUCGCCUCAUUCCCCAAGGCGGAUUUGCUGAGUUCCCUGACGCCGUCCUGAAUGCUAAACGGCUCGACCUUUUCAACUUGUAUAGAGAGGUGGUUUCAAGAGGAGGCUUUCAUGUUGGGAAUGGUAUCAAUUGGAAAGGACAAGUUUUCUCAAAGAUGAGCAAUCACACUCUGACACAUAGAAUGACAGGUGUUGGCAAUACACUCAAAAGACAUUACGAAACUUAUCUUUUGGAAUAUGAAUUAGCUCAUGAUGAUGUAGAUGGAGAGUGCUGCUUAUUGUGUCACAGUAGUGCAGCUGGUGACUGGGUGAACUGUGGUUUAUGUGGUGAGUGGGCUCAUUUUGGUUGUGAUAGGCGGCAGGGACUCGGAGCAUUUAAGGACUAUGCAAAAACUGACGGGCUCGAAUACGUUUGUCCGCACUGCAGCAUAUCAAAUUUCAGCAAAAAAUCGCAUAAAACUACAAAUGGCUACUAACCGCUUUAAACAACGAAGUUUCUUCCCCAGAGCCAAUGUACAUGGCUAGUGUUAACAUUUUUUCUUGAUUUGUGCUUGAUCCUCAAUUGGUAAAGGUAGGUUUGUAGGAGUGCAAUUAUUAAUCAAUGAUUUGGAAUUUUGACAAACUAUGGUAACAAAGAAGGGCCAUCAAAAUUUUCUUGCAUUACUGAUGUACUAUAUACUCUAGAUAAAGAAAUACAGGAAAAUAUUUGUAUAUUAAGUUUUCCUCUAGACUCCGAUAUUGCAUUA